AUGUCAAGUGUUUCUGAGAAGGAUCAUGAAGUAUUAGACGAUUUCGACUACGGAGAUGAUGUAUCUAUAAUUGACAGAUCUGAAAUCGUGGAUUGGAGUACUAUCAUAAUCAAAAUAUGUCUCGGGUUAGUAUUCAUUGGAUUCGCCAGCGGAUGUAUCAUUUACUCAGUUAUCACUUCUGAAGAAUACACUCAUCCUGCCUCCACAAAUUCCUCUUUCUUCGUCUAUGACGUCAGCCAACAUUGUGAUAAUGGAACAUUGACAUGGACAAAUCGAACUGGAACAGGAAAUGAUUAUGAUAAAGUGAUAACUGGAAUCGCUUGGCUCCAGGAUUCACCCAGAAAACGAAUUUAUCAUCGAAUUGGGAUCGCUUCAGAUAACAAGGAUUGGCAAGUCACUCAUUAUGUUUUUAUGAAUCACACAUUCUUUGUUGAUCGUAAUGGAUGCACACGACUAAGUUACGGAUACGAUGAAUAUCUUCGAAGACUUGGCUUCCAAAAGAUUCGAAUGCAACGAACGGAAUCUAUCACAAUUGAAGAAGAUGAUACUGUAAAAGUCAAUUUUUACGAAGGAGAGCCAUCUCGUGAUAUUCAAAUCGAAGGAAUGCAUCCAACCAUCGUUCGAGCUUACACUCAACCAGAUAACUCUUUCACCUAUGCCUGGGAGUACAUUUUCCCGCAGACUCCGGACGAGACCGGCCUAUUCAGAAAAGAUUAUUGGUAUCCUGAGAUGAAAGCAGGAGUCAAUGAUGAAGGCGUUUUCGAGGAGCUGCCUGCAUCGUGUUACAAACAAACUACCUAG